UCUGCGCCUGCGCAGGCAGGUGGGGCAAGAUGGCGGCCGAGCGAGGCGUGCGGGUUGUCGGAACCCCACCCGGACUCUUGCUGGGAAGAGGCAUGCGGGCCUUCCUGCUGCUGUUGUGGUUUGCAGCCCGCGGAGACGCGCUGUAUUUCCACAUUGGGGAGACAGAGAAGAAGUGCUUUAUUGAGGAAAUUCCGGACGAGACCAUGGUCAUCGGAAAUUAUCGGACGCAGCUGUAUGACAAACAGCGGGAGGAGUACCAGCCAGCCACCCCUGGGCUUGGCAUGUUCGUGGAGGUAAAAGACCCCGAGGACAAGGUCAUCCUGGCCCGGCAGUAUGGCUCUGAGGGCAGGUUCACGUUCACCUCCCAUACCCCUGGUGAACACCAGAUCUGCCUUCACUCCAAUUCCACCAAGUUCUCCCUCUUUGCUGGAGGCAUGCUGAGAGUUCACCUUGACAUCCAAGUAGGAGAGCAUGCGAACGACUACGCAGAGAUCGCCGCCAAAGACAAGCUGAGCGAGCUGCAGCUCAGAGUACGGCAGCUGGUGGAGCAGGUGGAGCAGAUCCAGAAGGAGCAGAACUACCAGCGGUGGCGGGAGGAGCGCUUCCGGCAAACCAGUGAGAGCACCAACCAGCGAGUGUUGUGGUGGUCCAUCCUGCAAACACUCAUCCUUGUGGCCAUUGGUGUGUGGCAGAUGCGGCACCUCAAGAGUUUUUUUGAAGCCAAGAAGCUGGUGUAGCUGUCCCAAGCCUCAGAGGCAAUCUUUCUUCCAGGCUGUGGGAAAAGGACCUCCUGAAACUGGUUCCUCUCUGGGAGGAUUGGUUUUCAGCCAUAGAUGCUCUGGAGGGGAGAGGGACUGCAAGCAUUGCCCCCGCUCCCCAGGCUCAAACUGAGAACAGCAGCUCAGCUGGCUAGUGCUGAGCGGGUGGUGGGACAGGCCCUCUCCACCCCCACCUCUGGAUCUUUUGCAGUAAUCACUCAGGACCUGGUGUCUUAGAGUCUCAGUGUUACUGAUCAGGGAUGUGGGGCUGCUGUCCGGGGUGGGAUUCGGGAGGGAAGUGGGUGGGCGAGCAAGCUGAUUUUCCUUCUGUCUUCCUUUAUUAAUGUGGGACUUUGAGCAGGUCAGGGUGUGUCAGCGACUCCUUGCUAUUCCAAGAAUCAGUGACUCCUUGCUAUUUCAAGAAUCAGUGACUCCUUGCUAUUUCAAGAACCUUGCUUUUUUUUGCCUUUGGCUU